CCUUCCACAUUAAGACCUAUUACAGGCACUCUAGCUAGGGAUCUCAUGGAAUUAAAAGCUGCAUCACAAUUAAUAGCCCAAAUAUUGACUGAGGUACCAGAACCAAUAUUUCCAGUGAAGGCCCUUUUAAAGAAUAUCUCUUCCUUGCAAAAUACUGGACCACGCCCAUGACGGUGAAUUUCGCUUCUCAGCAGAUGGAAAAUCUCCUGAAGGAAAACAAACACUUCAGAUGCAAAAGGUUGGCCGAAGCGCUGGAGUGCAUCGACAAACUCGAUGAACUACUGCAGGAUACCGCGGAUAACGUGGCGUUGUUCAGAGCAAUUACGGUUGAAUUAAAGGAGAAAUUAAAAGCUUGGAUUACUGAGUUUGAAAGGCAAUUAACUAUUCCGGUGUAUCAGUUGAACCCAGCGGCGUCAACUACCUCCGUCGCCGUCGACAAGGAUGCUCUGUCAGGGGUUAAGCUAAAUGGGAUCAACAACUCCAAAGAACAACUGUUGCAGGAUUUGGUAAAAAAUCACAUUUCAACAGACGGCGUGCGAACCCAGAUUCAACAAAAUAUCAAAUCGACAGUUCCGAGCACUUACAUAAUGCAGAGCAAUCCUUUUCAAAGACCAACAGGUACAUCAGUCAAACCACCAAUAUUAUCACAGCCAAAAACGGAAUCAGCCCCUAAUCAUUUUCAUGAAGCUCUCAUUGAUACUGGAGCAUGUGGACUAGAUGAAAAAACUGUGACUUACUCGAAAAACCUUCCACUUGCUACGAACCUGCAAAACAGAAGUUCUUCCUAUGGUCUUAUUGGUAUCUUUUGGGAUAUGGAAUGCUGUGCUGUCCCAAGUAACGUUGGUGAAUGUGUAGCUGUCAAUGUAAAAGAGGCUUUGAGAAAGCAUCCUGAGAUUAAUGGGGCUGUUAGCUUGUUUAAUGGCUAUGGCGAUACUAAUUGCUGUCCCAGGCAUAUAAGACUCGCUUGCCAUCACACUGGUGUUACUCUCAUUGUUGUUCCAAACGGAAGGAAGGAAGCUGUUUACAAGACAAUCUUAAGGGACAUGUUCACGUUUGCCUGUAACCAUGUUAAAUCUUACAUAGUGCUGAUUUCAGGCAAUGGAGAUUUUACUCGAGCUCUUCACAUACUUGGUCAGCUUGGGCAUACGGUCAUUCUUGCUGUUCCUUCUGGUGUGGGUGUUUCUUCUCAUUGCGAUACUAGCAAGUAUGUUUGUGAUUGGCCUAAUCUGGCUCAUGGCAAGGCUUUGUUUCACCCUCAGAAGCUUUAAUGCCUACUUAUAUGGAGGACUAACAUCCUAUGUUAAUGGCAAUCUUAAUGAUGAGGAAGAUAUAUGCUCGGUAUAUUAUGAAUAAAAUGUAGGCCUUCUCUUAAUAGGUCAUGUUUUUAUUUAGUUCCAACUUCUUAUUUGGUUCUUGAUAUUCAUAAAAUUUCAAUUAGGAA